AUGGAAGCAGCGAUUGUGCCUAAUCCGAAGGAUUCAAAUGCAACCUUACUACUCAUGGGGUUGCGAAGAGGCGGCAAGUCCUCGAUAUGCAAAGUGGUCUUCCACAACAUGCAACCGUUGGACACAUUGUACCUCGAAAGCACAUCGAAGCCCACCAACGAGCAAUUUUCGUCCUUGAUCGACUUAUCAGUGAUGGAGAUCCCCGGCCAGCUAAACUACUUUGAGCCCAACUACGACUCGGAAAGAUUGUUUUCCUCGGUGGGUGCACUCGUCUACGUUAUCGAUUCCCAGGACGAGUAUUUGAACGCCUUGACUAACUUGUCGAUGAUUGUCGAUUUCGCGUAUCGGGUCAACCCCAAGAUCAACAUCGAGGUCUUGAUUCACAAAGUGGAUGGCUUGAGCGAGGACUAUCGAAUGGAUGCGCAACAGGAUAUAAUGCAGCGCACGGGAGAUGAGCUAUUGGACUUGGGGUUGGAGGGCGUCCAGGUGAAUUUCUACCUUACUUCGAUCUUUGACCAUUCCAUCUACGAGGCGUUUUCGCGGAUCGUGCAGAGAUUGGUGCCUGAGUUGCCCUCGUUGGAGAACAUGCUAGAUAACUUGGUGCAGCACUCAAAUAUCGACAAGGUUUUUUUGUUCGACGUUAAUUCCAAGAUAUACGUGGCUACGGACUCGCUGCCUGUUGAUAUCCAGACAUACGAGGUAUGCGCCGAGUUCAUUGACAUCACGAUGGACUUGGAUAAUCUAUAUCUCGACAACGACAAGAGCGAAGCGAACAACAAAUCAGCAGCAGCAGCAGCAGCAAAUAGAAGUCAAAACGCCGCGGGGGAGACGAAAGAAGUCAAGUCCAUCAGCCGUUUAUCCAAUGGAUCGAUAUUGUACUUGAAGCAAAUGAUUCGAGGAUUGGCGUUUGUAGCUCUAAUACGAAACGAAAGCGUCACUCACGACUAUGCAAACCAGGGUAAGGACCUAAAUAAAAACGACGACAUGUCUGAGAAAUCGUUAACCAUUAUUGAUUACAACGUCAACUUGUUUAAGGAGUCGCUAAUAAGGAUGUGGGAGAAUUCAAAGUUUGAACCUGUGCCAGCCACGGGGUAG